AUGAGGAGGCCUGGGGAUGAAAGGGGUACUGGGAGCCGGGGGAGGGAGAGGAGGAGAUAUAGGAGUGGGCCCAGGGUGACAUGGGACGUUAUCAGGGGGCCCCAGGAACUGAUCAUGGGGCGCAGGGUGGACAGGGGCCCCCAGGAGCUGCCUGGGAGCAGUGGGGACAUCAGUGGAUCCCAGGAUGUGUUUAUGGGACAUAGAGAAGAGGGAGAGGACGAUGCCCAAGGCAGCUUUAAUAUGGCCCCGCAGGACAUGAUUAUGGGGGAGGAUAAGAGCCUGAAAAAUGGGGAACAAGGGUCCAAGGAUCAAGUCAGAGACCAUAGGGAGGGUACAGCACCCAGGGGACACGGGGAUCCAGGGGAUAGUGAAGAAUAUGAGUGCAAAGGGGGUCUGCAGAAGGAAUUUAGUGAAGUGGAGCUAGAAAAUUUGGGAAGGGAUUCUCAGAAAAGGAAAAUUAGGCAUAAGGAAAAGAUAGAAGGUAGCCAGAGGCAUGUGGGUUGCAGCCCCAAAGCAAAGGGCACAUCUUGCAGAGAUCCAGACAGGUGCUACCAUGAGAUGAAAAGAGGGGAUCAGGUGGAAGAGAGUGUGGAGGAAAAUGGAGAAAGUUGCCACAAAGCUUUAUGCAGCGUAAAGUGUGAGAAACUCCUUUCAUUGAGCAGUCAACAGAAUAUUCAGAAAAUGCCUGGGAGCCAAGACAUGUAUAGGGAGUAUAGUGAUGGUGAAGCUCAGGGAGACUUGAAUUGUGGUCCACAGGAAUCUUCUAGUGUCUCUAGUACUGAUAUAUCCCAGCAGGAGGAGGAAAAUGGUCUACUUGAUUUGUACAGAGGAGGAGAUGAGGAUACAGUUCAGACCACCGAUGAAAAAGGCUUGAGACUUGAAGGCAGGUCACCAGAUAAUGUGGGAAGUCAUGACAUUGAGUUGGUAAAUGCAAAGGGCUUGAUGCAAGGAUUUAGUGGGCUAGGGAAGAGUGGUUUAGUUGAUAACCACAUAGGAACCCUGGAAGUUUGUGACAAAGAAUCAGCGAGGAUGUUCUUUCUUAAAGAAAAAUCUGAUAUUCAGGAGGCAAUUAAGGGUUCAACUCACGAGGUUCUGGCAGAGAGGGAUUCAAAGGAAAGAUCAGACGUAGUUGGGUGCUAUGGAGAAAGGAGUCCUGGGAAUGGGUCCAGUGGUUCUGCAGAAUGGAUUGACCUGGAAAAAAGCCAUAAUAUACAUGGAGCCAUGGGAAAACCAUUUAGAACAGAUUCUGGGGGUGUGGACGAAUGGGAUGGAAGCUGGGGUGAGGAGAUGGAAGAUAAGCGUUCAAACAAUCUGAAUCAUGAACAUGCAGAUUAUGGUGUAUCCUCCAAGUUAAAUCAAAAUCAGAGCUGUAUAGAAGGUGCUUUAGAUGAUGGAAACCAAGGAAAGUUAGAGGAAGGGGGUACUUGGUGUUGGUGCCUUCAACUGUAUUUAGGACAGGCAGGGGCUUCAGAACACUGUGAAAGCAAUUUAGUUGCAGGUAUGAAGUCUCCAGAGAGUGGUUAUUCUUUAAACAGUACACUUAGGGUAGGUGAAGGUCCAGGGAGUUGCAGUGAAGAGGAGGGAGCAGACAGUCUGAGCAGAGUCCAUGUUCUUCCCAUUAAGAAGACAAGCAGAAUAGCAGAAACUCCUGAGUUGCAGGAAUGGGUAAACUGGUGGCAAGGAUGGGCAGGCUCCUGUAGAAGUGGACCUGGGCAUCGCAGGGGUAAAGGGACCGCAGUUUGGGGUUGUAGGGAAGAGGCAAGGGGCGAAGGACAGAAACCACAAGACGUAUGGGUAAUGAGGGAAUGGACAAGCAGAGAGAGUGGGAGAAGGAAUGGGAGAGAGCAAGGAAUUUCUGGUGGAGAUGUAUGGGUUCUACGUGAGCAAGAGGUAGACAGGAGAGGUGCUGGUUGGCCAUUGGGGGAACAAGAUGUCUGGGUUCCUAGGGACACCAGAAAACUCAGGGGGUCUCCACUAAUAGCAGGGAACAUUAAAUGGACUCCACAGAGUUCCAAGCCUGGGUUUUUAGAUAAAGGGGAACCUUAA